AGAAAAGUUUAAAUUGAAAUUAAAAAUCAAAAACCCUUUCCUUGAAACUGAUUCCUCGCUGCCCCUGUCUGUACCUUGUCCUCCUUCAUCUUGUGGUUCCAAAGAAGCCUUGUCACACCUUAUGCUACCUUUUGGUAACAUAGAUUCUCCAACUGGAUCCAACCCGCCAUCACCACAGCCUCUUUCUCCACCAUUUAUAAGCACUGCACACUAGCCACUCAGUAUCUCAAAACACCUCUUCAAUGAAAACCUGCUCUCUUAUGUUCACUUACUCAGUGAUCAGCCCAACUAAUAUUCUUCUAUUUGCAAAAGAGUCCCGUGUCUCUGCUUUUCCAUCAAAAUUUUAGACUUGGCAUUGAGAAUAUGUCUUCCAGCUAUCAAACUCCAAGGAAUUCUAGCUCCUCUUGGACACCAAGGGAAAACAAACUGUUUGAAAAGGCUCUAGCCUUGUUUGACAAGGACACACCGGACCGGUGGCAAAAUAUAGCCAAAGCUGUUGGUGGUGUGAAAUCAGCUGAGGAAGUGAAGAGACACUACGAAAUCCUCAUUGAAGAUCUUAAAUAUAUCGAGUCCGGCCGUGUUCCUAUUCCUAAUUACAGAAGCUGCAGCAGUACAAACGAAGAAGAAAGUCUUGCUUUAUAGGCUUCUGAAGUAUGUCAAGCUGCAGUGAAAUCCAGGGCUCGGGCAGGCUACCUUUUUAUCACCCGACAUGCAAAUCUUUGUGAAAUGUUGAUGCUCGUAUCAGUUGUCCUCUGCACUGUGAUUUAUUUCAGAUCAUAUUCUAUUAUCCGCUUUGUAAUUAAUGAAAUUAUCUAUGUUACUCUAAUGUUAUUCAUUU